GGCAUCUUGAGCCUAAAGCAAACUCAGGUAAGCAGAUAAGUUCAGUAAACCAGGCUUGGCGAAUAUGAUUUCAAGUUGGGUUAGCUCAAUUCAAGGCCCAUUAUAGGCCCAAUUUGCAGUUUCCAGUGCUACUAUUAGAAAGCCCUACGCCUCUCUCUCACUCUUCAACGUUAUGUGACCUAUGUCUUUCAGCCAUCUAACCAAUGUGUUCAACCCCACUUCUGCUGUCUUAAAAAAUAACAAGGCAGGGACUGAAGAAACAAGAUCUCGGUAAUCUUUACGUCCUAAGAUUCCUUUGAAGCCGACAUGGGUCUUAAGAGCUUUGUUGAAGGCGGUGUCGCUUCAGUCGUAGCAGGCUGUUCAACUCACCCUCUCGACCUUAUCAAAGUCCGCAUGCAACUCCAAGGCGAAACAACUACCUUCUCUCACCAGCUUCGCCCAGCUUUUGCUUUAUCUUCCUCUACGGCUAAUACUUCCCUCCCUCUGUCUCUUCCUCCGCGUGUGGGUCCCAUCUCUCUCGCCCUACGUAUUGUUCACUCCGAAGGCCUCCCCGCUCUCUUCUCCGGCGUCUCCGCCACCGUCCUCCGUCAAGCCCUCUACUCUACCACCCGUAUGGGCCUUUACGAUAUGUUCAAGCAAAGCUGGACUGACCCGGAGACCAAAACCAUGCACUUGACGAAGAAAAUCGCUGCUGGGCUCAUCGCCGGAGGAAUCGGAGCGGCGGUUGGGAACCCCGCUGACGUUGCAAUGGUACGCAUGCAAGCCGACGGAAGGCUCCCACAAGAGCAACGCCGGAAUUACAAGAGCGUUUACGAUGCCAUUACACGGAUUUCGAAACAAGAAGGCGUGGCUAGCCUGUGGCGGGGCUCAUCCCUCACGGUGAACCGAGCGAUGAUCGUGACGGCUUCGCAGUUGGCAACGUACGAUCAGAUCAAGGAAGCAAUAUUAGAGAAUGGGGUCAUGGAAGAUGGGAUGAGGACACACGUGGUGGCGAGCUUCGCGGCGGGGGUUGUGGCGGCGGUCGCGUCGAACCCGGUGGAUGUAAUAAAGACGAGGAUGAUGAACAUGAAGGUGGAAGUUGGUAAGCCCCCUCUUUAUAAUGGGGUGGGUGAUUGUUUAAUGAAGACGGUGAGAAGAGAAGGGUUUAAGGCUCUUUAUAAAGGGUUUUUGCCGACGGUUUCAAGGCAAGGGCCGUUUACGGUGGUUUUGUUUGUGACGUUGGAGCAAGCUAGGAAGCUGCUUCAGGAAUUUUGAUUAAUUGAUUAAAGCUUCUUGAUGAUGAUGAUAAAUUAGAUUGGAAAUGUUUGGCUUAUUUGAUA